UUAUAUUACGUUUACAGAUCCAGAGAAUAUAAUUUUUGUAAAAUUUAAGCUAAUCUAAUCGAAAAAUAUCUAAAGAUGCUUUAUGUGAUAGGACUUGGUCUGGGAGAUGCAAGAGACAUCACUGUGAAAGGAUUAGAAAUUAUUAAACGAUGUGAAUUAGUCUAUUUAGAAUCUUAUACUUCGAUUUUGACAUGUGGAAAGGAAGAAAUGGAGAAACUUUAUGGGAAGGAGAUUACUGUUGCUGACCGAGAUUUUGUAGAGCAAGAAGCUGAUAUAAUGUUGAAUAAUGCUGAAACAAAGGAAGUAGCUUUUUUGGUUGUUGGAGAUCCAUUUUCGGCAACAACUCAUACGGACCUUAUUUUAAGAGCCAAAGAAAGAGGAAUUAAAUUUCAAAUUAUUCAUAAUGCGAGCAUUAUGAAUGCUGUUGGAUCUUGUGGUUUACAAUUGUAUCAUUAUGGUGAAACGAUAUCGAUUCCGUUUUGGACAGAUUCUUGGAAACCAGAUAGUUUUUAUGAAAAAAUUUAUGCUAAUCGUCAACACGGUCUUCAUACUUUAUGCUUACUUGAUAUUAAAGUCAAAGAACCAACUUUGGAAUCAAUGACAAAAAAGAAGAAGGAAUAUAUGCCACCAAAAUUUAUGAGCGUUUCCGAAGCUGCAGAUCAACUGUUACAGAUUGUGGAGAAAAAGAAGUCUGAAGGAAUUCAAGAGAUAGCAUUUGAUGAAAAUAGUAUAUUUGUUGGACUUGCACGCAUUGGUCAUGAAAGCCAAAAAAUCAUUGCAUGUUCCUUAGCGGAAAUGAAGAAUUUUGAUUUAGGUCCACCGCUUCACUCUUUAGUCCUUCCUGCAAAUAAUCUUCAUGAAUUGGAGAAAGACUACUUGCAACAAUUUUCAGAAAAACCGUUAUAGAAAAAUUCGAAAACGUUUUCAAAUAAAAAUGUGACGUAACUUAUUAAAGCAUUUUUGCCGC